UGCCGGUUCCGUGCCGACACCGCGUCGCGACUCGAGGCUUACCGAAACGUUUCCUUCUAACUCCUGAAUCCCUAGUACAAAUAUUAGUUGUUUCUGCACAAAUCAACUGUUGUUCUUAUGUUCAUGCAUGUUAGUAACACGGUUUAAAACUUAUUAUGUCUACUUCCUGGAAAUAUUGUAGGGCUAACAUAGCAGGAAAUUUUAGUUACGUGGUCUGGAAAAGCCAACAAUAAUUAAUUAACAUUUUUGUAAGCCAUCUAAAAACAAAUAGAUAGAAAGAUACCUUUUUGAACCAUCUGACAACCAAUAGAAAGAACCUGCCUAUACAAACAAAUCGUUAACUGGCAUUCACAACAUGACGUCUGAAGUUCGUCUAGUUCAGGAGAUAGAGAAACACGAGUGCCUAUACAAUAACAACCUGGCCGAGUACAAUCGAAAAGAUCAAACUGAUGAGGCGUGGGCACACGUAUCUUGUGCCACUAAUUUGACGAUUACCGAAUGUAAAGAGAAAUGGCGAAACAUACGAAGUUCCCUCCUCAGAAGUCUAAAGCCUACUGAGAAAGCAAAAAAGCCGUACUACUUAUCCUCAUACCUCACCUUUGUUUUACCAUUCAUGAAACCACUGAACGGCUGGGAUUAUAAAGAAGACAGUUACAAUAGCUCUGUAGGUAGCUCCAAAGAUAACGAUAUCCUAAUAUGCGCUGUGAAAUCAGAAGGAGAUUCACCAAGUAUACACGGCGAGGCACUAAACGAAACGCGAUACACUGAUAUGCAAUUGGAUCCUCUGUUUCAACCGGCAUCGCCAUUAACACGUAAAAGAAAAAGAAACAGUGAUGGUACAUCGAAUCGUAAAAAAAAUACUGAGGAACCAGCUGACCAAAUAGAACAAAUGUACGCUUUUAACCAAGACCCACCACGGACAAACAUAGAAUCUAUGCAUUAUUUCCUUAUGAGUCUACUACCGGAAUUUGAAACGAUGAGUGAAGAACAAACUCGGUCGUUCAAAAUAAGAGUCAUGAUGUUGAUAGACGACAUCAAAUCUAGUUUUGGUAACGUGAAACAGACUAUGACCUCAUCUUUAGAAACUGAACGACUCAAUAAACGACUUAUAAAUUUACUUGUAAGGAAUCUUCAAAAGAAGACGUAAAGUUGUAAUUUAUAAUAAAGAGAAAUAUCACAAA